GGACACCACCUCCAAGCCUCCCUCCUGUCCAGCUAGCGGUUCGACACACGCUCUCGCCCCCUCAUCGUCCUCUUUCCGCUGGACUAUUUUGUACUUUUAUCGCUUGGAAGCAUCUGAAAUAUUCUAUUUGCCCUAUUGGUGCCGCGGUUGACACAAAAAUUAAAACGGUAUUGCUCGCUAUACCCGGACUGUCGCGGCAGCACCAGCAGCAGCAGCAACACCCCCAUCGACCGUUAGCAUCGAAGACAUUCUCCCUCGUAGCCGUCCAAUGGCUCCCUAGAAUCCGAUCAAAGACGAUCUCCUUCUGAGAUAUCAACAGCACGAGCCGUUAUGUUUUCUUCUCUGCUGCAUCGAAAGCGGCCCAAUAGCCGCCGGGACGAAGGGCGAGACGCUAGUAUCUCGCCAUCUGCGCGCAACAUGCCACGCCGUUUCACAUCGCGAACCCACGCCACAGCCGAUUUUACAGAGGCCGACGACGACGACGAAGAUGAUGAAGACGAUGACGGUGACUUCAACGGAGAAGGCGUGAGCGCAUAUCAUGAAGACCAUGGCGGUGAUGUCGACGAGGACGAGGGUGAACCGUCUGGUCUCCCCGUAUUGCCACUCUUCUCAACCACACAUCUUGACUCACUGCCUAUAUACAACACGACACAUGCUAUUCGAAUCAUUGUGUCAGCCCGGACCGAAACCACAUUAUCAUGGGAGCAGCUUAGAUCCCCUCAAGUAUCCCAGUUUCUGGUAAAGCCCAUGCAGCAGCAGAUACGGACGCUGCACUUCUCCCGUGCAACUCUGUACGCUCUGAUGGCCAACUGUUUACAAUUCAGCAAAGAGGGCCAGAGAUAUGCGGCCAACGCUGGUAUUAGCAACACAAGGGCCAAGGUUUGCGAGCUACUGGCGCUGAAGAUGCUUAAAGAGUACUCAACUAGGGAGCUGAUUGACGCCCUUGCUUACGACUUUUACCCACUUCAAGGUCUUCCAGGUAUUUCAUUACCAGAACAGCAGAUGAGGACUUCCGCAUCAGGCGCUAUACCUUCUACCGCUUCUCGAACCUCGACGCUCGAAGUCGCCAUUCGCGCCUCUGCCAAACAUUUCUUGGCCCAUCCUGUUAUUGUACAGCAGUUGGAAGCUAUAUGGAACGGUGCUAUAUCAUUUUAUUCCUCUGCUGACACUCUGCAUCGCGAUGAAGCGCCACAAAUGGAAAACACUGCGCCGCGAACGAGGUCAAAACCUGAUGCCCGAACACCACUGCUAGGAGCUACGUCUUCACGGCCGAGCAAUCAACAGGUGCCACCACUUCGUCGGACUGUUACUCUAUAUGACCCUAGACAAGCCUCUGUUUUCAAGCUAUCCCGCCUCCGAGUCCCACGUUAUCGCUCAUUUCUAUCGACAUUAUCAUUGGCGGUGCUGAUAGGCCUUUUUCUUGCCGUUCUCAUUGAGCGAUCAGUCCAAAUUACUGGACUUGAGCUAGUCUUCUGGUUCUGGAGUGCCGGAUUCAUGCUCGAUGAGCUGGUAGGCUUUAACGAGCAGGGAUUUGCACUUUAUAUCAUGAGUUUCUGGAAUAUCUUUGAUUUGGGUAUUCUUGUUCUCCUUAUAGUCUAUUAUUUUAUGCGUGUGUAUGGAAUCUUCGUUGCCGACCCGCAUCACUGGAACGACAUGGCGUACGAUGUUUUGGCUGCAAACGCAAUUUUGCUACUGCCUCGCAUUUUCAGUAUUCUGGACCACUAUCAGUACUUUUCGCAGCUGCUAAUUGCCUUUCGACUCAUGGCAGUUGACCUUGCCGCCGUCUUUUUCCUGGUAUUGAUCAUGUGCAGCGGAUUUUACGUCUUCUUUACGCUGUCUAAUAACCAAAGCGACGGCGCUGAGGUGGCCUAUAAGAUCUUCCAAAUCUUGAUGGGAUUUACGCCAGCAGCUUGGGAUGUAUGGCCAACGUAUAAUUGGCUUGCAAGAAUGCUUAUGAUGAUAUUUCUGAUUAUUUGCCACUUUCUGGUUGUUACUAUUCUAAUUACUGUCUUAACCAACUCGUUUAUGGCGAUCGCUUCCAACGCCAAUGAAGAGCAUCAGUUUCUCUUCGCCAUUAACACCAUUUCCAUGGUUAAGAAUGACGCCUUAUUUUCAUACAUUGCGCCGACAAACAUUUUUGCUUGGCUUCUGAUGCCUUUACGAUACUGCAUACCUCUGCGGCAGUUUGUUUGGCUUAAUCGCACAAUCAUUAAAGUCACACACUUCCCCAUCUUGAUCUGCAUCUAUCUUUACGAGCGGUUUUGGCUCGCACCAUCGAUGUUCGAGCCUACCGACCUGGUGGAUAACCAUGGUCGCCGUCGCCGUCGAGCCAUCUCUUUUGGAGACCCUGCCAGUAGGACUGCGAUUUUCAGCCCAAAUGUGCGUGUCAGGGAGGAAUCAGUUGCAGGCUUCCAGAAAGACCGUGCUCUUGAAGAGGUGUUCCUGCGUUUACCAGAUUCCACAACUUUUCGAACGCAGCGGCGACAGGAACGACGAAAGACUCAGACUGCUAUUCGGCAUUGGAUGGAGCAACACGACGAAGAUGGCCUAUCGACACAGUGGCCAACUGUGGACAGUCGCGCUGUCCCAGAAUGGCAGCGACGAUUGAGCAUGGGUUGGGAUCGCGGCUCAAACAUGCGCCAAGUAUCAGAUAUGAGAUCAGUUGCAAGCGAUCCAGCGGAAUUCAUAUCUAACCCCGGUGCCUCGUUCGUCACUCCUAAGCACCUGCCUUCCCGUUUCGCCUCUAUGGCAUCGGCAGAGUACAAGGAUCACACUGACGGUGAUGGCGAUGACGAACUAGUUACCAACGACGAAGAUGAAGACGACGUCGGCACCAAUGCUGAAAGAUUCGGGUUAGACGAGAAAUCAAGCUUAUCUUUCAGGCCAGGUUAUUUUGAUGCCGUACAAGGCGCAAGGCUGGGUGCUCUUGCAUCUUCUCAAGGGUCAGGUGGUGCCGCCGCGAAGCUGGUACCGCCUCGUCCACCAAGCAAUAGACGAGGUAUGCAUAAGAGGACCAUAUCGUCUAAUACGAUACUGUACAACCCAGAAGAAGAGACACAACAACCGCCUUCACCGCCACAUCCCCCGUUGGCAAAAUCGCCUCCCAAGCGCACGCUAUUGCGCAAACCUGGCAGUAGUGGUAAAACCAGCGCCGGUCAAGGCUCCUGCAGCGGCACCAAGAGCCCAAUGCGGCAAACAGCUGCCUCAUCUGAUGUCAGACCUCGGCCUAUUGCUCCCCCACGCAGAAUUACAGAGACAAGCGGAAUCGGCGGUGUUAGUCGAACAGCUCUGCUAAGCAUAGAUCCACGCAACCGCCCUGGGGAGGCCAGGAGACUCUCGUCUGUUGAUAUGAGCGUUCUCUCAGACCAAUCGAAUCUGGCUUUUGCGGGCGCUGCUGAUGCACCGCUAGCUGGCAGCUUUCAGACACAAAUGGCCAUGGCCAUAAUGAGAGACAAUCGAAUGCGCGCAGGCAACAGUGGAGAAGCUGCUGAUCGAGAUAGAAUGGGGCGACUGGUGCUCGCGCGUAUGAAGACGCUGGAGGAGAGCUUUGCGGAUAUGAUUAAAGAAGUCCGAGACAUUAAGCAUCAUUCUACUCCGGUGACAAGGUGGAACUCUUCUGGUGAGGACCCGCGCAGUAGACGAGGCAGUGUUAUUGCAGAUGAUGUCGGACCAGGACCUGCGAGUCGAACACGGGGAGAUAUCACUCCAAGACGACCUCACGGGAAGCGGCCCGUGAGUCGCAGGAGUCUACGCGAGGCGAAGCCAGCGUUUGGCAGACCACGAGACAGCAUGGGACAUGUGCAGGCAGUGAUUCACUCCAGCGAUGGUGAGGAUAUGGAGGAUGAGCAGAGCUUUCUGAAGAAGGGAACGUCGCUUUGAAACUUUUCGAUUGACUGAGCCUAUGCCGUAUGUAUCUAUGCACAGGGGUUGCUUUAUUCUUUUUUUUUCUUCUCGUCCUUUUUUUGCAUUUAUAGGCGUUGAUGUUAGUCUGGGUUAUCUGCAGGCUGUGAAGGGUGGUUAUUUUGGCAGAUGUGUUGGCAUGUAACACGCGGCAAAGUACAGAACAGAGCCAUGGGGCUGUGAAUAUUACCACUUGUUUGAUAUUGUGACUGUUAGCAUUGCGAUUCUUGUGUUGGUCUUGACAUUUGUAGCAUUGCAUUUUCUGUAGAGAAGGGAAAAGGUCCCCCUUCGG